AUGGUUGGGCCAAAGAACGUAUUACUACUGAUUGCGGAUGAUCUUGGUCGCGACAUAUCAACUUAUAACCCUCAGUCGCCAGCCAAAACGCCUCAUUUGACCGCAUUAGCCCAGACUGGAACCCGUUUCACCUACGGCUUCACGUCCACGGCUUCAUGUUCACCUUCACGCACCGUCAUUUACACGGGGUUGCACACGCACACCAAUGGCAACUACGGACUUUCAGACGGCUGGAAUGCUUUCUGCACAUUCUCUCAUGUUGACACCGCGCCUAAGAUUUUUAGAAGUCUUGGCUAUCUGACGGGAAUCAUCGGAAAGGUCCAUGUAGGACCACCAGAACUCUACCCAUGGCAAGUUCGGGACGAAAGUGAGAGCCGCGAUGUUGCUUGGGUUGCUGAUCGUGCAGAAUCAUUCAUCGCUCAGGCACAAAGAUGGGAGAAGCCAUUUUUCCUGACCGUCGGCUACAUCGAUCCCCAUCGAAACAUGGCAGAACGGGCAGGCUUUGGCAACAGGGACUUCGGCUAUGAUCCUCGGAUAAAAGACAAAAGGUAUACCGCUGGGGAAGUGCUUGUUCCAAAUUACUUGAGUGAUCUACCGGGGGUUCGGACAGAGCUUGCCGAGUAUUGUCGCAGUAUAAAUCGCCUGGACCAGGGCGUCGGGCUGAUCCUGGACAAGCUGCGCCAACGAGGUGUGGCAGACAAUACGCUCGUCAUCUUCUUGUCCGAUAACGGACCUCCUUUCGUUAACUCCAAGACCACUCUGUAUGAUGCGGGUGUACACCUUCCGCUCAUUAUCCGGCAGCCGGGCUCGUCUCCAGGCGUCGUGAAUCCAAACCUCGUUUCUUGGGUGGACAUUCUUCCGACCAUGCUCGACUGGGCUGGCCACCCUGCACUCAACACACCGAACGCCAGCCGCCGGCGUGGACGAUCGCUACUUCCCAUAAUGUCCAAGAGUCAGCGACUCGACGCGUGGUGCAAAGUCUAUGGUUCCCACACCUUCCAUGAGAUCUCAAAUUUCUGGCCCACUAGGUUUUUGAGGAACGAGAGGUUCAAAUACCAUCGCAAUGUGGCAUGGAAACUUGACUUUCCAUUUGCUGCUGACUUGUACGCAUCGUUAUCAUGGGACGGUAUACGCAACUCGGCAGCGAAACAUGGCGGCACCGCGAUGGUCGGUCCUCGAAAAUUGAAAGACUAUAUCAGACGCCCGCCCGAGGAGUUGUACGAUCUAGAUGCUGAUCCAGCUGAGGUCCAUAAUCUUGCAAAAGAUCCGGAGUAUGCCGAUGUGGUGCGAGAGAUGAGAGCAGAUCUGGAACGGUGGCAGGCGGAUACAGGAGAUCCUUUCUUGUGGCGAGAUGGGAUUAGCGUGCUACUCAUGAAGCCGUACGUAAGAGAUGAAGGGUUGCGAGUGCCGGAUCGGUGGGAUUUCGAUGUCGAUGCGCCGGGAAAUAUCGAGGGCAAGAUGCUGAAGUUUGAAAAGUCGAAGUUGUAA